AUGUCGGAUACAAAGCCACAAACACUGGGAUUUGGGGUACAGGGGCUCAGCAAUAUCAGUCUGGGCACUGAGAGCAGUGCAAAAUUUAUGCCCUUGGUCACCGCGGUGGAUCGUGAUAGAUCCAACAGCAUUGAUCAACACCAAUGUGGCUACUGGUGCGGUAUGUAUUAUCCACAGUUGUCGGAUAAUACCCUGGAUAAAUUGGCGAUCAAAAGGUCGGUGUACGUGAGUGACUGUAAUAAAGCCCCUGAACUGUCAGUAAUGACCAUAAUUAUGGGCACUCUAUACGCUGUGUGUUGGGUCAUACGUGGCAAUACUGAAACUGGUAAACUGCCCAAGAUUGUCAAAUCAGUAUGCUACACGGUCUCAGCGCCACAAUCACUGGGAUUUAGCGGACAGGGGCUCAGCAAUAUCAAUCUGGGCACCGGGUAUAAUGCUAAAUUUACGCCCUUGGUCACCGCAGUGGACCUUGAUAGAUCCAAUAGCCUUGACAAACAACAAAGCCGAUACCUGUCAGAUAAUACCCUGGAUAAAUUGGCAAUCUAUGUACCCAAACUGAUACAAUACUCGUUGACCUAUGGCGUACAGUUGACAAUGAUCAUAUUGGGAACACUCUUAGUGAAAGGCUGUGACAGAACACCUGAACUGUCAAUAAUGACCAUAAUUAUGGGUACUCUAUACGCCGUGUGUUGGCUCAUACGCGGCAAAACUGGUAAACUGGCCAAGAUUGUUAAAUCAGAUUAUAUGCUCGACUGGCUGGCGAUAUAUGGGUCAAUCUAUGUGACGGAUUGUUACGCGGCCCCUGAACUGCCCAUAAUGGCAAUAAUAGUGGGCGCGGGAUAUGCGGUGUGCUGGGUGGUUUACCGAAAUACCGAGACUGGUAAAUUGCCCCAGAUUGUUAAAUCAGCUUGCUACACUGGAACGGCAUGCGCGUUCAUUGUUUUGCUAGUUGGAUUAGUACGUGCGAUGUGCAUAUUCACAUAUUGGCGAUCAUGUUCAAACGUGCUGAUCGCACCUGUCGCUACGUUUGCUAUGAUUGUA